AUGACAUUUCAAAGUCUUAUAAGAGGUCCAACUGAAGAUAAGGAGAUUCCACAACGUCCCCCUAAGGAGCAGUAUGCGCAAGCAAAAAGCUUCCUAGAUUUGUUCUCACAAAAGAACAAGUUGGUCGUCGUUACAGGUGCUUCAGGUGCUAUUGGAGGUGCUAUCUGUGAUGGAUUUGCAUCUUCAGGUGCGGAUCUUUGUCUUUUAGACUACAAAUAUGAUCCUAAAUUUGCUACUGAUCUAGAGGCAACGUACGGAAUUUCAGCUAGAGCAUAUCAAGUUGAUAUCACAAAGGCGGAGGAUGUUAAAAAUUGUAUCGAAACCAUCAAGUCUGAUUUCCCCAACCGUGAUAUCGAUACUUUUAUCGCAAAUGCUGGUGUCGCAUGGACUAACGGUUCCAUUUUAAACGAGGAUGCAACCUCAGAAGCCUGGAAAAAAGUGAUGGAUGUUAAUGUACAAGGAACAUAUCAUUGCUGCAAAUACGUGGCAGAAGUCUUCAAAUCUCAAUGUCAUGGUUCUCUAAUCCUUACUGCCUCAAUGUCAAGCCACAUUUCUAACGUUCCUAACUAUCAGACAUGUUACAAUGCUUCCAAGGCAGCUGUUAGACACAUGGCCAAGGGAUUUGCAGUUGAAUUUGCCCAUUUAACGGAGCCUGCUGGUAAGAUCCGUUGUAAUUCAGUCUCACCAGGUUAUACAGAUACGAUUCUCAGUGCAUUCGUUCCUGAAGAGCAACGGGCCCAAUGGUGGGGAUUAACACCGCUAGGACGUGAGGCGCUACCUCAAGAAUUGGUUGGUGCCUAUUUGUAUUUGGCUUCCGACGCUGCCAGUUUUACGAAUGGUACCGAUAUCCUUGUUGAUGGUGGAUAUACAUGCGUUUAA